AUGGACGUGUCCCCACCGUCCCGGGCCGGGCUCCUCCCGGGCUCGGGCGUUACGGCGGUGCCGUUAAUUAAUUUUCUCUCUUCCUCUUUUAGCCGAGUGGUUUUACCUUGCUCAGUGCAAGAGUAUCAAGUUGGUCAACUUUAUUCUGUGGCAGAAGCUAGCAAAAAUGAAACAGGAGGUGGUGAAGGAAUUCAAGUCUUAAAAAAUGAGCCUUACGAAAAGGAUGGUGAAAAGGGACAAUAUACCCACAAAAUCUAUCACUUAAAGAGUAAAGUUCCUGGUUUUGUAAGGAUGAUUGCUCCAGAAGGCUCCCUGGUAUUCCAUGAGAAGGCUUGGAAUGCAUACCCUUACUGUAGAACAAUUGUGACAAAUGAAUACAUGAAAGAUGACUUCUUCAUAAAAAUUGAGACCUGGCAUAAACCAGAUUUGGGAAUGUCAGAGAAUGUACACAAUUUAGAUCCAAACACGUGGAAGAGUGUUGAAGUUGUCCAUAUUGACAUUGCAGAUAGAACUCAAGUAGAACCAGGAGACUACAAAGCUGAUGAAGACCCUGCGUUAUUCCAGUCUGUUAAGACUAAGAGAGGACCUUUGGGGCCAAAUUGGAAGAAAGAGCUAGCAACUGAUGAGGAGUGUCCUAAAAUGUGUGCUUACAAGUUGGUGACUAUCAAAUUUAAAUGGUGGGGACUGCAGAACAAAGUUGAAAACUUUAUACAAAAGCAAGAAAAAAGGAUAUUUACCAACUUUCAUCGCCAGCUGUUCUGUUGGAUUGACAAGUGGAUUGAUCUGACUAUGGAAGACAUUAGGAGAAUGGAGGAUGAAACCCAAAAGGAGCUGGAAGCGUUACGUAAUCAAGGCCAAGUCAGAGGAACAAGUGCUGCCAACGAUGAAUGAUGAUGGAUUUAACCAUCACAUGCAGUGUUGAUAUACAAAUGUGUGUGUGGAUGCAUGAUUAUUUGUAUAUAAUUAUAUAUACGCACAUGCAUACUGAAGGGGGUUGUUACAGUGUCUCCAGGGUACUAUACCUGUCCUCAGCAAAGAUGCAAAGGAAACUGCUUUCAUUAUGUGUACCUGAAGCAAAUAAAAAUCAACUGAGUAGUGUCAUUUAAAGGUUGAAUUAACUGCAGAAUUAUGUUAACUGGUAUGUUUCAUGAAUGUCAAUACUGGACCAAUUUAUUCCUUAAAUUUUUUUCCUGUCUUGAGUCAAUCUGCUAUAACUUGCCCGUAUCUCAGUGUAAAGAAACGGAUUCAGAUAAGUUGAUUUCAAUUUUGUGUCUUCCCUAUGUAAUUUUUUUUUUUUUGGAAUAGGAAAAAUGAAUGUAUUUAUAGCUAUUUAUUUCUGGAUUGUCAUUAUCCUAUAGUCAAAUCAGAAAUUUCUAUUAGCGGAAAUUGGAAAACUUUUACUGUUGAAUGAGUUUGACUCAAACUUUACCCAUUCACUGAUUUAAAAAAAAUAAAAUAAAAAUCAUGUUUUAUUGGACUUUUGUACAUUCAAAUGCUAAUGUUUUUUCUUCAUUAAAAUUGGCAAGAUUAAGGAAAAAUGGCUGGUGAUUUAUAAAAUACUUGCAAUUUGGAAUUUUCCGGAAGCUGGCUUUCUAGACAAAGAAACCGACAAUAUUUCAAGUAUAUCUUAGGCUAUGCAGUGAAAAUAGAGGCAGACAGACCUUCUCUAAAGUCAUACCGUUAAUAAAAAUUGCAGUUUUCCAGAGUUUCACUUUGGAAGCUAUGCAAAUGGUCUUGAUUUCACACACAUUGCACAAUGGAAUAUAAUGGUGAUUUUAGCUCUUUUCAUGUUGAAAAUACACUUAAAAAGAGAUGUAUACUUUCAGAUAUGAAAGUUUAAAUUGUAGCAUCUAACAUGUUUCUCUGAUAUUUGUUAGGAGUAGACACGUAAAAGAAAAGAUGGUAUAAUAAAGGUCUGUAGAUAACUCUCAAAUAGGAAAAUGUCUUCAGCAUUUUUAAGAAAAUAUUGAGAUGGAGCGUAUCAUAGGUAUAUAUUAUCAAAAUGCUUGCUAGAUCAGAAAAAAUAUUUUAGAAACACUAGUUAAGUUCUAAUACUGCCUGGUGUCCCCAGAAACCUCAGUAAGCCAAUUCUUGCUUAAGCAUUCAUCUUUAUAAUCUCACAUAUAUCCAACGAUUCAGAACCAUUCUUUACUUGGGCUGCUUACAAAAGGAGUCAUCUGACUUCUGCAACUGUCAUUGAUAAUAUUUGCCUAAACGUGAAGGGUAGCAGGGCGAGGUCUGCCAUAUGCCUGACCCUGCCAGUGUACGUGUCUGCUGUGAGGGCUGGGCACUGAAGUGCCUGCCAGCAAGUGGACAUUUGUACAUUUCUUCUGUGCAAUUUCACUAUCCUGUCCUUCAUGCUGUAAAGCUGUUUUCUUCUUUUAUUUUUCCUUUUUAGAUUAACAAUUAAAUGAUACUUGUUCUCUGUACCAUCAGGAGGUCAGUUUUGCAAAUAUAUGUACAUACAUAAUUUAAAAAGGAGGGCUGUUGCAAACCUGGAAAACUAAGGUCUCAGUUCUCUUUCAAUGGUAGAAUAGAAGUCCCACUGUCAUUAAAAUGAGUCAUAAUGGAAACUGAGGGAAAGGGACCCUACAACUUUCAUAUUUUUGGACUUGUGAAAAUUUGAGAGAAUCUUGUAGUGAAUGUAAAAUGUUGAGUUUACUUUGGCAGACUUUGGUGUGACCUACAGCAAAACAGCCAAUGAAAUUUAAAUAAAUUUGGUGAUAAAA